GUUACCGCAGAGGAGGUUGAACAACGCGCUUUGGAUCGACUCAUUUCAUCAAAACCAAUUCAGGAUCAUUUAAAACUAUCAAAUACUACAUGUGCAAAAAGUAACCUUGUUUAAUUCUUGUGUAUCACAAAAUUCAUUCCUCCUACUUACCUUUCUCAGUCGUUUGACUUUAAUUUCUUUUCCUAUUUCUCUUUUCCUUUGCCAGUACAAUCCUCUCUCAAUGAUCCAGCUGUUAGAUCUGCAAAGAAAGCCAAGACAAAGCUCAAACUGAAGCAAGAAAAUCUCACCAUUCCCACCAUCCCGACAUCGAUACCUUCUUCAGCAAGUGACAACGACUCUUGCCAGUCAGACAAUGAAAUAGAACUGGAGAGAACUCCAAGCUCAUUUUUUGUUCAGAGUUUAUCGUCUGUGAAGAAACGUGACCCACAUAGCACAAGACAAAAUGGCAAACCUGGAAAACAGAAAGAGAACAACUUAAAUAAUAAAUCUAGAAGCAAUAAGAAACCUCAAAAGGUAUAUUACACUGGCUGACAUUGACCAUAUAUUCGUGGGUUUGAACUGGUUCAAAUUUUGAUCAGAGUUUUCGCCAUGCCCGCGAUAAUACCCAGUCAACUUUCAUCAACUCUCAUGCAACUCUUGUUCUCGUUUGACCAGGACAUGCAUAAAACUCUCAUGCAAACUCUCGUUUCUGAACUCUUAUCAACUCUCAUGCAACUCUUGUUCUCGUUUGACCAGGACAUGAGAGUUGAGAAAACUCUCAUGCAAACUCUCGCUUCUCAACUCUCUUCAACUCUCAUGCAACUCUUGCUCUCGUUUGACCAGGACAUGAGAGUUGAGAAAACUCUCAUGCAAACUCUCGCUUCUCAACUCUCAUCAACUCUCAUGCCACUCUUGUUCUCGUUUGACCAGGACAUGAGAGUUGAAAAAACUCUCGUGCCAACUCUCGCUUCUCAACUCUCUUCAACUCUCAUGCAACUCUUGUUCUCGUUUGACCAGGACAUGAGAGUUGAGAAAACUCUCAUGCGAACUCUCGCUAAUUAGAUCUCAACUCUCGUGCAACUCUUGUUCUCGUUCGACCGGGACAUGAGAGUUGAGGAAACUGUCAUUGAAACUCUCGCUUCUCAACUUUCAUCAACUCUCAUGCAACUCUUGUUCUCGUUUGACCGGGACAUGAAAGUUGAGAAAACUGACACGCAAACUCUCGUGGCUUCUCAACUCUCAUCAACUCUCAUGCAACUCUUGUUCUCGUUUGACCAGGACAUGACUGAGAGUUGAAAAAACUCUCGCUUCUCAACUCUCGUCAACUCUUGUUCUUGUUUGACCAGGGCUUAUAAGCCACUAUAGGCCUUAGUUGAAAUUUAAACAAUCAUUAAUGAUGUUUCAGUUGUUGAAAGCUUUACGUGGAGAUUCUGGGAUCAUUGAGUGUGGAUUUGUUGCGUCUGAAGUCACAGAAGCGAAGUAUUUCUCAACACCGCUGGAACUGGGGGUAAGACGCGUAUUAUUACUAAUAGACUAAAGUAGCUAUCCAAUAAACCUAGUUACAGUUGGAUGAUGAUUGAUGAAUAAAGGUACGUUUACUAAUUACAUGCUGCGAUUUGUCGCGUACGAUUCGUAUUCUGUCGUAUGAAAAUUACCGCUGAUGCCACAAUUCCUCUUCACUUACAUUGAUGAAAACAGGAUUGAACAAUCUUGUGCGGAUUGAAAACAGGAAAAAAAAAAGAAAAAAAAGAUUGAAAAACAGGAUUGAACAAUCAUUGUUCACAGUUGUCAACAAUGUUGAACAAUAUUGUUACACCCGAUUCAGGCUCAACAAUAUUGUUCAAUAUUAGAAUGUUAGGGUUUGUAAUCCAAGUGAUUAUAUACAUUUUAAGACCUGACCAGGAACGACUGCGAAAAAUGCAGCACAAGGUCCUCUGGUAGGAAUUGAACCUACGGCCUUGCGAUUCCGGUGCAGCGCUCUAACCAACUGAGCUACAGAGGCCAGCUGUUGAGCUGUAACCGUAAGUUCAUGUAUAUAUAGGUAAUCGGGUGUGCGGGUUGUGAUAAGGUGGACUUGAAUGAUGUGGUUUCUUGCACUUCACUUGGUGGAAUUAAUUUUAGAAUGUUAGGGUUUGUAAUCCAAGUGAAUAUGUGGGCCGCACAACAUUUCCUGUUAAACAGCAGGCUCAUAAUUUUUACGCGUGCCGGUUUAUGGCGGCAUCUGAAAUGCAACCACUUUACACGUGCUUAUUCGAUUACAUAUACGUGCAUACGAAUGGUGCAUGACAAAUCGCAGCGUGUAAACGUAAGAAUGACGUAACUGGCGUAUACAUUCGAGUGGCAUCAGCAGACGCGUCAUUUUACGUCAUGUCCUGGCCCUAUUGUUCUAGUUUAUUCUCGGGUUUCAUAUGACGUCACGUGGGGGUCAAGGGUAAAGGAAGGCUUUUAUAUUGUUCCCUUGUUCUUUUAAGGCAUGUUUAAGGCAGCUUUAAAGUGCGACUAACCCCAACUAUGAUUUUUGUAUGUGUAAUAUUUGUGUCAUUCGAAGAAGAAUGUAAUAUAUCUUUAUAAUAAAAAUCCCAUCUUGAUCAAUUUUUUCACUGUCAAAGUCUCCGGAUAUGAUGUCAUUAGGUGAAUUGCAAAUUAGUUUUCCUCUGUUUUUUAUAGCAAAAGUUCAUCUAAUGACAUCGUAUCCGGAAACUUUGACAGUGAAAAAGUUGACCAAGUUGAGGUUUUUUACUAUAAAGAUAUAUUACAUUUCUUCUUCGAAUGACCCAAAUAUUACACAUAACAAAAAUCAUAUUUGGGGUUAGUCGCACCAUAGUCUUUCAAAACAUGGUUUGGAAACUCCGCUAAAGUCUUUGUUCUAUCUUUUUGUUCGCGUUUAUGCAGUUUUGUGCACGGUGCACGGUCAAUGAACACACGGUAUUUCAGUAUAAUGAGCGAAUCAUCCAGUAGCAACGUUUCAGUCAUUCAAACCAUGCUAUUUAAAUAUUAAUAAACCUAAAACAAAGGAUGUGCACGUUGUAAGGUACGGCUCAACAUAAACACACAGAUCAUUAUAACCGCUUUGAAGUUUACAGACUUUCCAGACCAUAUCAGUAAACAAUAUUUGAAAAAUACGCUGUCAACGUCAUCUGACGACAUUCGUUAUUAACAUCCGGCAUAACCUGAAAUCGGCCCGAUUAAUCGUUGUGUGUUUUAACAGUAAACCAUAAAAAUAUUAGGCCUAUUAUUAUAUCUAUUAUUCCUGUCGUGUAUCAUUGACACCAAUUGAGUCCAAUUAUGCUAAAAUACUACGUGAUUUAAACGCAAGAAUUGAUAUGUUUUUGAGCCGGAAUGAUCACGUCUGGGAAGGCUUCCGAACUGUAAUUUCGGUUCUGUAUCAUAUUACCUGCACUGAAUAAAAUCCAUGCUUACGAAUUGAAAGCUUUCUCCCAUAAAAAAUAAACUUGAUUGAAACACUGACAUUCAGAUAUUUUUGUUGGCAGAAAAAUGGUUUGGUGAAAAAUCUCGGUCUGGGUGAACUGUCUGACUAUGAAAAACAAAAGCUUGCGGAG